AUGUCAAUACAAUUCAUUCUAGUACUCAAUCGUCAAGGUAAAUCCCGAUUAGUGAAAUGGUUUGACAACUCAUACACACCAUCUCAAAAACAACAGAAUAUAACCGAUAUCCACCGAUUAAUAUCCUCAAGAGAUUCCAAACACCAAUCCAAUUUCGUCUUGUUUCAGAAUCACAAGCUAUGUUAUCGAAGAUAUGCUGGUUUGUUCUUCAUCAUAUCGAUAGAUUUACUAGAUAACGAGCUAUCAUAUUUGGAGAGCUUGCAUUUUUUUGUUGAGAUUUUGGAUGUUUACUUUAAUAAUGUUUGUGAAGUUGAUUUGGUGUUCAAUUUUUACAAGUUGUAUUUCAUAUUGGAUGAAGUUUAUCUUGGUGGUGAGAUUCAGGAUAUCCUGAAGCAAAAGAUAUUGGACCGAUUACAGUACUUGGACUCGAUGGAAUAG